GGGCGAGGGUGGGCUGUGCUGCAGCCGGAGCCGGAGCUGGGGCCGGAACCCGACCGAGAGUCCCCGCGCUGAGCUGCUCCGGCCGGCGCUGCCCGCCUUGGCCGCGACCCACGUCGCCCUCCUCCCGGCGGGGCAGAUGCCCCCGGGCAGGCUCCGCACCGGCGUGGGCUGCGGGUCCGCGACUCUCCGGCCGCCCCGGUUCGCAGCUGAGCUGCCAUGUCCACGCAGAGACUGCGGAACGAAGACUACCAUGACUACAGCUCCACUGACGUGAGCCCCGAGGAGAGCCCCUCCGACGGCCUCAGCAACCCCUCCCUGGGCUCCUACCAGCGCUUUGGGGAAAGCAACAGCACAACAUGGUUCCAGACCUUGAUCCACCUGUUAAAAGGCAACAUUGGCACAGGACUCCUGGGGCUGCCUCUGGCAGUGAAAAAUGCGGGCAUCUUGAUGGGCCCCCUCAGCCUGCUGGUGAUCGGCAUCGUGGCCGUGCACUGCAUGGGCAUCCUGGUGAAAUGUGCUCGCCACUUCUGCCACAGACUGAACAAAUCCUUUGUGGACUAUGGGGACACUGUGAUGUAUGGACUGGAAUCCAGCCCCUGCUCCUGUCUCCGGAAUCAUGCACACUGGGGCAGGCACAUCGUGGACUUCUUCCUGAUUGUCACUCAGCUGGGAUUCUGCUCUGUCUAUUUUGUGUUUCUGGCUGACAACUUCAAACAGGUGAUAGAAGCAGCCAAUGGGACCACCAACAACUGCCACAGCAACGAGACAGUGAUUGAGAACCCCAUCAUGGACUCGCGACUCUACAUGCUCUCCUUCCUGCCCUUCCUGGUGCUGCUGGUCUUCGUCAGGAACCUCCGAGCCCUGUCCGUCUUCUCCCUGUUGGCCAAUGUCAGCAUGCUGGUCAGCCUGGUCAUGAUCUUCCAGUUCAUUGUGCAGGACAUCCCGGACCCCAGCCACCUCCCCUUAGUGGCGUCCUGGAAGACCUACCCUCUUUUCUUUGGCACGGCCAUUUUUGCGUUUGAAGGCAUUGGGGUGGUUCUGCCUCUUGAAAACAAAAUGAAGGAUCCCCAGAAAUUUCCACUCAUCCUGUAUGGGGGAAUGGUCAUUGUCACUGCCCUCUACAUCAGCCUGGGGUGUCUGGGGUACCUGCAAUUUGGAUCUAUUAUCAAAGGCAGCAUAACCCUCAACCUGCCCAACUGCUGGUUGUACCAGUCGGUGAAGCUGCUGUACUCCAUCGGGAUCUUUUUCACCUACGCGCUGCAGUUCUACGUCCCGGCUGAGAUCAUCAUCCCCUUCUUUGUGUCCCGGGUGCCCGAGCACUGCGAAUUAGUGGUAGACCUGUUCGUGCGCACUGUGCUCGUCUGCCUGACGUGCAUCUUGGCCAUCCUCAUCCCCCGCUUGGACCUCGUCAUCUCCCUGGUGGGCUCCGUGAGCAGCAGCGCCCUGGCCCUCAUCAUCCCGCCCCUCCUGGAGAUCUCCACCUACUACUCAGAGGGCAUGAGCCCCCUCACCAUCCUCAAGGAUGCGCUGAUCAGCAUCCUGGGCUUCGUGGGCUUCGUGGCGGGGACCUACCAGGCCCUCAGCGAGCUGAUCCAGCCAAGCAGUGAUACCAUCCUCGUCAAUUCCACCCGUGCCUUUGUGUAGUGAUCUGGGUGCACCUGUCCACCCCAACCCUCAUGUGUCCCCCAGAAUCUGUCCCUGGAGCCUCAGGUAUGGUCCAGGCUCUGGGGAAAGGCAGGGUCGCUGUCUGGGAACCCCUCUACCUGGCCCCUGCGUAUCCUGGGCCAGUAAGGCUGAGUGUGGGGGAAAGGAUAGGGCAGACACGUGGGAGGUAGCCCUAGUGACAGCGUUGUCAUCCUUCGUUUGUACUUCUUUUAACCCAGAACCCUUUAGCUCUGUCCCUCAUCCUGCCUCCUCUUUCCUCUGAUGCACCUCACCAAAUUUCUCCCAUUGCACAGCUCACUUUAUUUAGAAAUUUAGAAGACACCUCGUGUCUUCUCCUUCCUGGGCCAGGCCUAGAUGAAAUAAGUGGGCACUCUUCCUCCUCUCCGUAAAGCCAAGCCUCUUGCUUAUCUCUCUC